AUGCUGCUCUUUGGGAUGGCAUGGGCACUGGCUAACGGGCGGUGGUGUGAACAUACACGAACCUUCCUGGUGGAGGAGGAAGUGGCCCCCCGCCAGGAGGACCUGGUGCCCUGCACCAGCCUCUACUAUUACCAGCGCCCGGGCUGGCAGCUGGACCUAACCUGGAGUGGACGUGCCGGGCUCUGUCCCAUCUACAAGGCCCCAGAAACCCGGCUUGCUGCAAGGAACCGGACAGUGAAGGCUUGCUGCCCAGGCUGGGGGGGCAGCCACCGCACCCUGGCCCUUGCAGAAGCCAGCCCUGGGGGCCAUUGCUUUGCCACUCGGCAGUGCCAGCAGCAGGCCAGCUCAGCUAACGCUUCUGCAGGAAGCCUGGAGGAGUGCUGUGCUUGGCCUUGGGGACAGAGCUGGCGGGAGGGCAGCUCCCAGGCUUGCCUCAGCUGCUCCAGCCGACCCCUCCCAGGCAGCACUCCCUCUCCAGCCUUCCUGCAGCCCCUGGCGGGGGCCGUGGCCCAGUUCUGGAGCCAGCGCCAACGGCCCUCGGCCACCUGCGCCACCUGGUCAGGCUUCCACUACCGGACCUUUGAUGGGCGCCACUACCACUUCCUGGGCCGCUGCUCUUACCUGCUGGCGGGCACUGCUGAUGCCACCUGGGCCAUCCACCUCACGCCCAGGGGGCACUGCCCCCAGCCUGGGCACUGUCAGCUGGCCCGAGUAAUGAUGGGACCCGAGGAGGUUCUGAUCCAGGGCAAAAAUAUCUCUGUGAACGGGAAGCUGGUACCUGAUGGGGAGUCUCAGCUGCUCCAGGGGCUGAGCCUGCAGUGGCAAGGGAACUGGCUGGUGCUGUCAGGGGGCCUGGGGGUCACUGUGCGCCUGGACAGGUCCAGUUCGGUCUCCGUUUCUGUGGACUCUGAGCUCCAGGGACAAACUCAAGGUCUCUGUGGAGUCUACAAUGGCCAGCCUGAGGAUGACUUCCUGGAGCCUGGAGGGAGACUGGCUGUGUUAGCUGCCACCUUUGGGAAUUCCUGGAGGCUCCCUGACUCAGAGCCUGGGUGUCUGGAUUCAGUGGAGGCAGCCCAAGGCUGUGAGGACCCCCUGAGCGGCACAGAGGCAGGCACGGAGGCUGAAGCCCAGGAUGUGUGCCACCAGCUGCUGGACAGUCCAUUCAGGGAAUGCCAUGCCCAGGUUCCCCCUGCUGAGUACCACCAGGCCUGCCUCUUUGCCUACUGUUCUGGGGCCCCAGCAGGCAGUGGGUGAGAGGCCCGUCGGGAAGCCGGGUGCACCACCUUGGCCAACUAUGCCCAGGAGCGUGCCAAGCCCCAUAUCCAUGUGGGCUGGAGGAAGCCAGGCUUCUGCGAGCGCCUGCGCCCUGGGGGCCAGCUGUACUCGGACUGCACCUCGGCUUGCCCAGCCAGCUGCUCAGCAGUGGGUGAAGGAGGGGAGGGGUCCUGCCGGGAAGCGUGCGUGUGCCCGCCCGGCCUCUUCUGGAACGGCGCCCUCUGCGUGCCGGCCGCGCGCUGCCCCUGCUACCACCGGCGCCGGUGCCACCCCCCCCCCCCCGACACCGUGCGCCAGCUGUGCAACCCCUGGCCUUGCAGGGACGGCCGCGGGCUCUGCGCGCAGGCGCCGUGCCCAGCCGAGUGCGCGGUGGGCGGGGACGGGCAUUACCUCACCUUCGAUGGGCGGAGCUUCUCCUUCCGCGCGCCCGGUUGCCGCUCCAGCCUGGUGCAGGACUUGAAGGGGCAGCUGCUGAUUGUGCUGGAGCAUGGGGCCUGUGACACUGGGAACUGCCUCCACGCCAUCUCUGUUUCUCUGGGGGACACCCACAUCCAGCUCAGAGACUCAGGGGCUGUACUCAUCGAUGGGCAGGACGUGGGCUUGCCGUGGCGUGGGCCUAAGGGCCUCAGUGUCUCCCGAGCCUCCUCCACCUUCCUACUGCUGCGCUGGCCUGGGGCCCAGGUUCUCUGGGGAGUGUCUGACCCCGCAACCUACAUCACUCUGGACCCCCGCCAUGCCCACCAGGUGCAGGGUCUGUGUGGCACCUUUCCCUGGAACCAGCGGGAUGACUUCCUGACACCUGCUGGCGAUGUGGAGACCAGCAUUUCAGCCUUUGCUAGCAAGUUCCAGGUGGCAGGCGAGGGAAGCUGCCCCGCAGACGACAGCGCCCCACUUUCCCCCUGCGGCACCCACACUCAGCGCCACAUUUUUGCGGAGGCAGCUUGUGCCGUCCUGCACGGCCCCACCUUCCAGGAAUGCCAAGGGCUGGUGGACAGGGAGCCGUUCCACCUGCGCUGCUUGGCAGCUGUGUGCGACUGUGCUCCUGGCAAGGACUGCCUGUGCCCUGUGCUCGCUGCCUUUGCUCGUCGCUGUGCCCGGGAGGGUGCCUGGUCUCUCUGGAGGACCCACACGCUCUGCCCUGUCCCGUGUCCUGGGGGCCAGGAGUACCAGGAGUGUAGCCCAGCGUGUGGUCGAAGCUGUGGGGAGCCAGAAGACUGUGGGGAGCUGGGCAGCUGUGUGGCUGGUUGUAACUGCCCCCCAGGACUGCUGUGGGACCCCGAGGGCGAGUGCGUGGCCCCCAGCUUGUGCUCCUGCCAGCUUGGAACUCAUCGCUAUGCCCCUGGCAGUGCCACCAUGAAGGACUGCAACCGCUGUGUCUGUCAGGAGAGGGGCCUCUGGAAUUGCUCUGCUCACCACUGUGGCCCCCAGCAGACAUUCUGCCCCCGUGACCUUGUCUAUGUCCCUGGUGCCUACCUCCUCACUUGUGACAGCCCUGGUGCCAACCACUCCUGCCCCCCGGACAGCACAGGGAGCUGUGUCUGUCCCCCAGGCACCGUGCUGCUGAACGAGCACUGCGUGCCUCCUGAGCUCUGUCCCUGCCGUCACGGAGGGCAGUGGUAUCCGCCCAAUGCUACCAUCCAGGAGGACUGCAACAUUUGUGUAUGUCAGGCUCGGCAGUGGCACUGCACGGGCCACCGGUGCGGCGGAUGGUGCCAGGCAUCGGGUGCCCCCCACUACGUGACCUUCGAUGGGCUGGCUUUCACCUUCCCCGGAGCCUGCGAAUAUCUGCUGGUUCGAGAGGCCAGCGGCCGGUUCAGCAUCUCUGUCCAGAACCUGCCCUGUGGGGCCAGUGGGCUCACCUGCACCAAGGCCCUGACCGUGCAACUACAGAGCACUGUUGUGCACAUGCUCAGAGGCCGGGCAGUGACCGUGAAUGAUGUGAGCAUAACGGACCGCAAGGUCUACACAGGCCCUGGGCUGAGUCUGCGCCGUGCUGGUCUCUUCCUGCUGCUCACAACCCGCCCGGGCCUCAGCCUGCUCUGGGAUGGAGGCACCCGGGUCCUGGUGCAGCUGUCCCCACAGUUCUGUGGCCGUGUGCCUGGGCUGUGUGGAGAUUUUGAUGGAGAUGCCAGUAAUGACCUGCGGAGCCGCCAGGGCGUCCUGGAACCCACAGCUGAGCUGGCUGCCCACUCCUGGCACCUGAGUCCGCUCUGCCCCGAGCCAGGAGACCUGCCACACCCCUGCACCGUGAACGCCCACCGGGCCAGCUGGGCCCGCGGCCGCUGCGGGGUGAUGCUGCAGUCACUCUUUGCCCGGUGCCGCGCAGAGGUGCCCCCGCAGCAGCACUACGAGUGGUGUGUGUAUGACGCGUGCGGCUGCGAUUCGGGGGGCGACUGUGAGUGUCUCUGCUCGGCCAUUGCCACCUAUGCAGACGAGUGUGCCCACCACGGGCUCCCUGUGCGCUGGCGCAGCCAGGAGCUCUGCCAUGAGUCUCUGCAGUGUGAAGGGGGCCAGGUGUAUGAGGCCUGUGGCCCCAUGUGGCCCCCGACCUGCCAUGACCGUGGUUCUGAGCCCGGGUGGCACUGCCAGGCUGUCGCCUGUGUGGAGGGCUGCUUCUGCCCCGAGGGGACUCUGCUGCAUGGAGGAGUCUGCUUAGAACCAGCUUCCUGCCCCUGUGAGUCAGGGGGCCGCUUCUUCCCGCCGGGGACUGUGCUGCAGAAGGACUGUGGGAACUGCACAGGCCAGGAAAGCCAGUGGCUCUGCGGGAGCGACAGUACCUGCUGUGGGGAGCUGGAGCCUGGCUGUGCGGAGGGAGAGGCCCCAUGCCGGGAGAGUGGGCACCGUGUGCCCCACAGGUGGCUUUGUGACAACCAGGAUGACUGUGGUGAUGGCUCAGACGAGGAGGGCUGUGCCACGCCAGGCUGUGGGGAGGGGCAGAUGUCUUGCAGCUCCGGCCACUGCCUGCCCCCCGCCCUGCUCUGUGACGGGCAUCCCGACGGUCCGGACGCCGCUGACCAGGAGGCCUGUCUGGGGCAGCUGAACUGCUCUGCUGGGGAGCUGUCCUGCAUUGAUGGCACCUGCGUGGGGGCCGUCCUGCUGUGUGACGGAAUCUACUGCCCGGAUGGAGCCGUCGAGGGACCCGGGCACUGCCCCUUCCCUUCGCUGCCCACUCCCCCAGCGGGCACUGUGCCUGGCCCUUCCGCGGGUUUUGGGGGGACUGCACCAACUCCCCCGGCCAGCGCCAGCUCCGCGCCGCCCUGCGGCCCGCUCGAAUUCCCGUGCGGCAGCGGCGAGUGCGCGCCCCGGGGCUGGCGCUGCGACCGCGAGGAGGACUGCGCCGACGGCAGCGACGAGCACGGCUGCGACCCGCCCUGCGUGUCCCCCGCGCAGCUGUGCGACGGCGUGCGCACUUGCCCCGACGGCUCGGACGAGGGCCCCAACGCCUGCGAGGGAAUGACAGCCCCAGGAGGCCCCAACGGAACCAGGGCUCCCUGCCGGGAAUACUCCUGCCCUGAUGGCCCCUGCAUCAGUUUCCAGCUGGUUUGUGAUGGGCAGCCUGACUGUGAUUUGGCCGGGGAGCUAGGGCCUUCCCCAGAAGAGCAGGGCUGUGGGGCCUGGGGCACCUGGAACUCAUGGGGGCCAUGCAGCCAGAUGUGUGGUCCUGGGGUGCAGGGCCGGAGCCGCCACUGCUCCCCCCCCCCCCCGGGUCUCCUGGUGCUGCAGCACUGCCCAGGCCCUGAGCACCAGACUCAGGCCUGCUUCACGGCCGCCUGCCCAGUGGAUGGCGAAUGGACCUCCUGGUCUCCCUGGUCCCUGUGCACUGAGCCAUGCAUGGGCACCAUGACCUGUCAGCGACAGUGCCACCCUCCCCAGAAUGGGGGCCGGACCUGUGCCAUGCUGCCCGGGGGCCCUCCCACCACCUUUCAGACCAGGCCCUGCCCUCAGGAUGGCUGCCCUAAUGCCACCUGCUCUGGGCAGUUGGUGUUCUGGCCCUGUGCCCCCUGCCCUCUGACUUGUGCUGAAAUCUCUGGUCAGGCUGUGUGCGUGGCUAACCAGACCUGCAGCAGCCCAGGCUGCUGGUGCCCUGCAGGCCAGGUGCUGGGCAGCGAGGGGCGGUGCGUGUGGCCCCGGCAGUGCCCCUGCCUGCUGGAUAACAAGCGGUACUGGCCUGGGCAGCGCAUCGAGGCCGACUGCCAGCUCUGCACCUGCCAAGACGGGCGGCCUCAGCGCUGUCGGCCCGACCCUGGCUGUGCCGUGAACUGUGGCUGGUCCUCCUGGUCCCCCUGGGCUGAGUGCUUGGGCCCCUGUGGGAGCCAGAACAUUCAGUGGUCCUUCCGGAACCCCAACAACCCCCACCUCUCCGGCCAAGGUCGCCAGUGCCGAGGCAUCCACCGCAAGGCCCGCAGGUGCCGGACAGAGGCCUGUGCGGGCUGUGAGUGGCAGGGCCGGCUCCGCGGCGUGGGGGAGCGCUGGCGAGAGGGCCCCUGCACACUCUGCCAGUGUCUGCCCAGCGGCACCGUGCGCUGCUCCCCGUACUGCCCACUGGGCAGUUGCCCCCAGGACUGGGUCCUGGUGGAGGCAAUGGGAGGUUCAUGUUGCCGCUGCGCCCCGCCUGGAGAGAACCAGAUGGUCCACCCCCUGGCCACUCCUGCCCCCUCUCCAGCCUUCAGUGCCCAGAUCGGACCCCCUCUGGUCACCUACGUUCUGCCUCCACCUGGAGACCCCUGCUAUUCCCCGCUGGACCUGGCCCGCCUCCCCGAGGGAAGCCUGAAGCUGGAGCCCCGCACCCAGGCUGCCCUCCUGGGGGCUCCCACCAAGGGGCCUGGCUAUCCGGGUUGGAGCACUCAGCGGCACACCCGGCCCCCCUACCUGCUGUUGGACCUGCUGCUGCCCCGGAACCUCACUGGCAUCAUGGUGCAGGGGGCUGGGUCCUCGGCCUUGCUCCAGUUCAGCAGCGAUGGUCUACACUGGCACAGCUAUACUGACUUCCUGCCUGGUAUCCUGCCCCCAGCCGAGCUUUUCCCUAGGAACCGGGAUGACGGGGCCCCCACACUGCAGACGUUUGGCCAGAUGGUGCAGGCACAGCAUGUCCGGGUGUGGCCCCAGGUCCGCCAUGGUGACACCAACCACAGCAUUUCCCUGCAGGUGGAGCUGCUGGGCUGUGAGCCAGUGUCCCCGCUGGCAGUGCCCCCGUGCCCAGGGGGCAGGCACCGCUGUGCCGGUGGCGAGUGUGCUCCGCGGGGGGAGCCGUGCGACGGGGUGCAAGACUGUGAGGACGGCUCGGACGAGGAGGGCGGCGUGCCCCUGCGCGUGGCCACUGACAGAGUCUGGUCCACAGCCAGGACCCCAGUGCUCUCGUCCACCCAGCCUGGACAGCUGCUCCUCCAGCCCACAGAGGCUCUGGCAGAGGCCGAACGCUGGCAUCCCUCGCGAGGGUCACCCAUACCCCCCACAGGGAAGGGACCAGCGACUCAGGCCCUAGCCUCCGAGCCUCCUCACUUGAGUCCUGGGGAAUCUGUGCAGACCAUGACCACCACCCCCAUAUCCCAGCUUGAGGUCAGGGUUGUGUCCCCUCAGCUGGCUGUGGUGGUACCCACAGUCCAGAGCGUCGCCCCGGAGCCCUUCCCCCCUGCAAGGUGCAGCCCAGGCCAGGUGCCCUGUGAGGUGCUGGGCUGUGUGGAGCAGGGGCAGCUGUGUGAUGGGAGGGAGGGCUGUCUGGACGGCUCCGGCGAGAGGCACUGGGGUAAGCAGGGGUCCCUCAGGGCACCCUGGACGGAAUCACUUCGUGGCUCUCUUCCCCCGACCUCGCGGGCAGCGAGCCCUGUGCCCUUCAUGGUGCCCACCACGGCCCUGCCCGGGCUGCCUGCCUCGCGAGCCCUCUGCUCCCCGAGCCAGCUGAGCUGUGGUAGUGGGGAGUGCCUGCCGGCUGGGCGGCGCUGCGACCCGCGGCCCGACUGCCAGGACGGCUCUGAUGAGCACAGCUGUGCGGACUGUGGGCUGACGCCCUGGUCUGGCUGGAGCCUCUGCAGCCGCACCUGUGGGCCGGGCCACGCCUUCCAGCGCCGGGACCUGCUGUGGCCCCCCCUGCCUGGGGGCAACUGCCCAUCUGACAGGCUCCGCAGCCCGCCCUGCUUCGUGCAGGCCUGGCCAGUGGCUGGGGCGUGGGCUGUGUGGGGGGCCUGGGGGCCCUGCAGCGUCUCCUGUGGCAGUGGCCAUCGGAGUCGCCACAGGAGCUGUGUGGACCCCCCGCCCAAGAAUGGUGGUGCUCCCUGCCCCGGGGCCUCCCACGAGGGGGCACCGUGUGCCCUGCAGCCCUGCACAGGGGGCACAGACUGCGGGCCGGGCCGUGUGCAUAUUAGUGCUGAGCUGUGCCCGAAGGGGCUGGUGCCCCCGUGUCCGCCCUCCUGCUUGGAUCCUGAGGCCAACAGAAGCUGCAGCGGGCACUGUCUGGAGGGAUGCCGCUGCCCCCCUGGGCUCCUCCUCCAUUAUGCUCACUGCCUGCCCCUCUCUGAGUGCCCUUGCCUCGUGGGUGAAGAGCUGAAGCAGCCGGGGGUGCCCUUCCUCCUGGACAACUGCAGCCGCUGCCUGUGUGAGAAGGGGGCCCUGCUGUGCGAACCAGGGGGCUGCCCCGUGCCCUGUGGCUGGUCAGCCUGGUCCUCCUGGGGUCCCUGUGACCGCUCCUGUGGCUCUGGAGUGAGGGCCAGGUUCAGAUCCCCUUCCAGCCCUCCGGCUGCUUCUGGGGGCGCCCCGUGUGAAGGCGACAGUCAGGAGCUGCAGGCCUGCCACGUGGAGUGCGGGACAGAGGCGCCGGGCUGGACCCCCCGGGCACCCUGGUCCUCCUGCUCCCAGAGCUGCCUUACCGUCGGAGGAGGCCCUGGUCGGCACCGUCGUUCCCGGCUCUGCCCGGCCCCGGGGGACACGUCCUGCCCAGGAGAGCCCACCCAGGAGGAGCCCUGCAGCCCCCCUGUGUGCCCAGUGCCAAGCGCCUGGGGUCUGUGGGCUCCCUGGUCGGCCUGCUCGGUCCCCUGUGAUGGAGGCAUCCAGAUACGCGGGCGCAGCUGCUCUGGCGUUACUCCCGGGGACCCCGAGUGCCAGGGGCCUCACAGCCAGACCAGGGAUUGCAACACGCAGCCCUGCACAGCCCAGUGCCCCGGGGACAUGGUGUUCCGCUCAGCAGAGCAGUGCCAGCAGGACGGGGGCCCCUACCCUCAGCUGUGCCUGGCUCAGGACCCUGGGGUAGAGUGCACCAGCUUCUGCGCCCCUGGCUGUGCCUGCCCCGCCGGCCUCUUCCUGCACAACGCCAGCUGCUGGCCCCGCACUCGGUGCCCCUGCCAGUUGCAGGGGCAGCUCUACGCCCCGGGAGCACGGGCUCGGCUGGACUCCUGCAACAACUGUACCUGUGUCUCCGGUGAGAUGGUGUGCACCUCGGAGCCCUGCCCAGUGGCCUGUGGCUGGAGCCCCUGGACCCCAUGGAGUCUCUGCAGCCGCAGCUGUGACAUGGGCAUUCGGCGGUGCUUCCGGGCAGGCACUGCGCCCCCAGCUGCCUUCGGGGGUGCUGCGUACCCGGGCCCCAGCAUGGAGGCCGAAUUCUGCAGCCUGCAGCCCUGUAGGGCCCGCAGUGACCUGUCCGCCACCCCCGGUCCUGGUGGGAAGUGGGGCCCCUGGUCCCCGUGCUCCGUGCCCUGCGGCGGUGGCUAGCGGAACCGCACCCGAGGUGGUGGCCUCAACAGCCCUAUGGAGUUCUCGGCCUGCGGGUGGCAGCCCACCUCAGGGCCCGUGCCUGGCGUGUGUCCCAAGGGCAAGCGGUGGCUGGACUGCGCCCAGGGCCCUGCCUCCUGUGCGGAGCUCAGUGCCCCACAAGGGACAGACCAGACCUGCCACCCCGGCUGUUACUGCCCAUCUGGGACGCUCCUGCUGAACAACGUGUGUGUGCCCUCCCAGGACUGCCCCUGUGCUCAUGGGGGGCGCCUUUAUCCCCCGGGCAGUGUGUUGCUUCGUCUCUGUGAGAACUGCUCCUGUGUUUCUGGGCUUAUCACCCACUGCACCUCCUGGCCCUGUGAGGAGGGCCAGCCCACGUGGUCACCCUGGACCCGAUGGAGCGAGUGCUCAGCCUCCUGUGGACCUGCCCGACGCCACUGGCGCCGCUUCUGCUCUGGGCCCCCUGCCACGGACCCGUCUGUCCUGGCGCUGCCAUCCUCACCAACCUUGCCUACUCCUCUUUGCCCAGGCCCCGACGCUGAGGAGGAGCCCUGCCUCCUGCCAGGGUGUGACCGAGCUGGGGACUGGGGCUGGGGGCCCUGGUCCAGCUGUAGCCGGAGCUGUGGGGGAGGCCUGCGGAGCCGGAUGUGAGCCUGUGACCAGCCCCCACCCCAGGGCCUGGGGGAUUACUGUGAGGGGCCUCGGGCCCAGGGAGAGGCCUGCCAGGCUCUGCCAUGUCCAGUGACCGACUGCACCGCCAUUCAGGGGGCAAAGUACAGCCGCUGUGGCCCUGCCUGUCCUCGCUCCUGUGACGACCUCGUGCACUGCAUGUGGUGCUGCCAGCCCGGCUGCUACUGCCCUCCUGGCCAGGUGCUGAGCGCCGACAGGGUCUUCUGCGUGCCGCCCGGCCACUGUGACUGCCUGGACCUGCUGAGCAGGGAGCGGCACUGGCUGGGGGCUCAGCUGCCCAGGCCCGACGGCUGCAACUGCUGCACCUGCUCGGAGGGGAGGCUGAACUGCACAGACCUGCCUUGCCCAGUGCCGGGUGGCUGGUGUCCGUGGUCGGAGUGGACAGCGUGCUCCCAGCCUUGCAGGGGUCAGACGAGGACCCGCUCCAGGGCCUCUACCUGCCCCGCUCCUCAGCACGGGGGGACCCCGUGCCCCGGUAAAGCAGGGGAGGCAGGGGCCCAGCAUCAGAAGGAGACCUGCCCCAGCCCCCCCGACUGCCCAGUGGAUGGAGCCUGGAGCCCGUGGGGACUGUGGUCUCCCUGUGACCCGUGCCUGGGGCAGUCCCAUCAGAGCCGGGGUGUAUCUGGCCCCCCCACCCCUGAAGGAGGCAGGCCCUGCCCUGGGGCCUACAGGCAGAGUCGCCCCUGCCAAGACAAUUCCACACAAUGCACAGCCUGUGGGGAUGGCCAGGGUCUUCUCCCCUGCGGGUGGCCCUGUCCCCGCUCCUGCUAGGACCUGUCUCCUGGAGUGUGCCAGCCAGGCCCAACGGGCUGCCAGCCUGGCUGUGGGUGCCCCCCCCCCGGCUAGCUGUCCCAGGAUGGUCUUUGUGUGCCUCCCGCCUGCUGCCGCUGCCGCUGCCACUACCAGCCUGGAGCCAUGGGGAUUCCUGAGAACCAGAGCCGGUCAGCAGGGCCUGGGCUUGGCUCCUGGGAGAGCCUGGAACCUGGAGAGGUGGUGACUGGGCCCUGUGACAACCGCACCUGUAUGGAGGGCCUCCUGAAGUGCCGAGAGGUGCCUGGCUGCCCCGGCCCUGGGAUGUGGGGUUCCUGGGGUCCCUGGGGUCCCUGGGAGGACUGCAGUGUCUCAUGCGGAGGAGGGGAGCAGCUCCGCUCCCGGAGACGUGCCCGGCCCCCCUGCCCUGGGCCUGCCCGCCAGAGCCGCACCUGCCACACCCAGGUCUGCAGAGAGGCAGGCUGCCCGGCUGGACGUCUGUACCAGGAGCGCCCCCCCGGCGAGGGAUGCCCCUUCUCCUGCUCCCACGUCACUCGGCAGGUGGGCUGCUUCUCCGCUGGCUGCGGGGAGGGCUGCCACUGCCCCGUGGGCACCUUCCAGCACCGCUUGUCCUGUGUCCAGGAGCGCCCUUGUGUGCUCACCGCCUCGCUGCUGUGGGAGCUGGGAGCUGCCGUGGGAGAGGGUGGUCAGCCCCUUGGGCCUGGGGAUGAGUUGGGCUCAGGCCAGAGCCUUCGUACAGGCUGCAGGAACUGCUCCUGUGUGCAUGGGCAGCUGUCUUGCUCGGUGGGGGACUGCUCCAAGGCUGUUGAUGGCUUCAGUCCCUGGGGGCCAUGGGGCCCAUGCUCCCGCUCCUCUGGUGGGCUGGGCACCCGAACCUGCACCCGCCAGCGUGUGCGGCCCUCCCCAGCUCCAGGCAGCCAGGGCUGCGGUGGGCCCCGCCGGGACCUCAAGUACUGCUCUAGCCCAGACUGCCCAGGGGCUGGAGGGUCCACAGUGGAGCCCGUGACAAGCCUUCCAGGCGGCUGGGGCCCAUGGUCCCCAUGCUCUCACACCUGCACAGACGCCACUCACCCUGCUUGGCACAGCCGUGCUUGCCUAUGCCUGGCAAACUGCACCGGGGGGGGGGACGCGUCACAGGAGCGCCCUUGCAACCUGCCCUCCUGCACAGGGCUGCCCCUGUGCCCCAGCCCUGGCUGUGUGGCUGGGAACUGUUCCUGGACCGCCUGGGCCCCAUGGGAACCUUGCUCCCGAAGCUGCGGGGUGGGCCAGCAGCGCCGUCUGCGGGCCUACCGUCCCCCAGGGCCCGGUGGGCACUGGUGCCCCGACAUCCUUACCGCUUACCAGGAGAACCGCUUCUGCAACCUGCGGGCUUGCCCAGUGCAUGGAGGCUGGUCACGCUGGAGUCCCUGGUCCUGGUGUGACCGGAGCUGUGGGGGGGGGGGAUCCCCGAGGAGUCACAGCUGCUCAAGCCCCCCACCCAAGAACAGGGGUGCCCCCUGUGUUGGGGAGAGGCACCACGCGUGUCUCUGCAAUUCCUUGCCCUGUGAGGAGGGCUGCCCGGCAGGCAUGCAGACGGUCAGCUGUGCCAACCGUUGCCCCCGCCGCCGCUCAGACCUCCAGAAGGGGAUCGCGUGUCAGGACGGCCAGGCCUGCCAGCCGGGUUGCCGCUGCUCCGAGGGCUUCCUGGAGCAGGACGGUGGCUGCGUGCCGACUGGGCACUGCGAGUGUUCAGAGGCCCAGGCGGCCCCGGGCAGCCAGCACCAGGAGGUCUGCAGCACCUGCACCUGCCAAGCUGGGCGCCUCUCCUGCACGGCUCAGCCCUGCCCACCGCCUGCCCACUGCGCCUGGAGCCGCUGGUCAGCCUGGAGUCCCUGCAGCAGCUCGUGUGGGCCCGAGGGGCAGCAGAGCCGCUUCCGGUCCUCCACAUCGGGCUCGUGGGCCCCAGAGUGUCGGGAGGAGCAGUCCCAGAGCCAGCCCUGCCCUCAGCCCCCGUGCCCACCCCUGUGCCUGCAUGGUGCCCGCCUCCACACUGGGGACAGUUGGCUGCAGGGCGAGUGUCAGCAGUGCUCCUGCACCCCGGAAGACAGCGAGUGCACAGUACCCGGGGCCUGGACGCUCUGGUCCCCCUGGUCUGAAUGCCCUGUCUCCUGUGGAGGUGGAAGCCGGGUUCACACCCGGGUCUGCAUGGCCUCGGCCGCUGCCCGCAGGGGGGCCCCCUGCCUGGGCCCUGGCACCCGGACCCAGCGCUGUGGAGGGCAGUCUUGCCUGGGGCUGCUGGAGGCCUGCUCCUGGGGCCCGUGGGGGCCCUGUUCCCGCAGCUGUGGCCCAGGCCUGGCCUCCCGCUCUGGGUCCUGCCCGUGCCUACGGGCUGAAGUCGACCCCGCCUGCAACGGCACCUUCCUCCACCUGGACACCCAGGCCUGCUACCCAGGGCCCUGCCUAGAGGAGUGCCUGUGGAGCAGCUGGAGCGGCUGGACGCGAUGCUCAUGCCAGGUGCUGGUCCAGCAGCGCUACCGGCACCAGGGACCAGCGCCCACAGCGGGAGCGGCACGGGAGGGCUCUCCCUGCACGCGCCUGGACGGCCACUUCCGGCACUACCCCAUUGGCAACUGCUCGGGAUGAGAGGACAGCUGCACACCUCCCUUUGAGUUCCGGGCCUGUGCCCCACCCCGUGCCGGGCUCUGCGCCACACACCUGAGCCAUCGGCUCUGCCGGGACCUGCCGCCCUGCCAGCCGGGCUGCUACUGUCCAGAGGGGCUGCUGGAGCAGGCCGGGGGCUGCAUUCCCCCAGAGCAGUGAAGCUGCCUGCACCUCACAGGAGAAGGAGCCACGGUGACCCUGGCCCCCGGGGAACGCCUGCACCUGGGCUGCAAAGAGUGUGAAUGCCAGCACGGAGAACUGCAUUGCACCAGCCAGGGCUGUCAAGGUCUUCUUCCUCUGAGUGGGUGGUCCAAGCGGUCACCCUGUGGGCCCUGCCUGCCCCGUGGCGUGCUGGCCCCUGCCUCCAGGACUGUGCUAGAGGAGCGCUGGUCUCAGCACCCAGCUGGCCGCUCCCCGACCUUGGCCCCCUGGCUGGCUUCGGGGCAGCACCGCCAUCGCCUCUGUUUGGACCCUGAGACGGGGAGGCCGUGGGCUGGAGACCCAGACCUCUGCACCGCACCACUCAGCCAGCAGCGCCUCUGCCCGGACCCGAGGGCCUGCCGUGACUUAGGCCAGUGGAGUCCUUGGGGGCCCUGGAGCCCCUGCCAGGUGCCCUGCAGUGGGGGUUUCCAGCUACGCUGGAGAGAGGCAGCGGCACCCGCUGGAGGGGGCUGCCGGGGGCCAUGGGCUCAGACUGAGAGCUGCAAUGUGGGGCCCUGCCCAGGGGAGAGCUGCGAAGCCCGGGACACCGUGCCCACCCUUGACUGUGCCAACCGAUGCCCCAGAAGCUGUGCCGACCUCUGGGACCACGUGCGGUGUCUGCAAGGGCCGUGCCGCCCAGGCUGCCGCUGCCCGCCUGGCCAACUAAUACAGGAUGGGCCCUGCGUGCCCAUCUCCUCCUGCCGCUGUGGCCUCCCCAGCCCCAGUGCCUCAUGGGCGGUGGCCCCAGCUGAGGUGGCACAGGUGCACUGCCAAAACUGCACCUGUAUCAACGGGUCCCUGAUGUGCCCACACCACGAGUGCCCUGUCCUUGGGCCUUGGUCAGCCUGGAGCAGCUGCUCUGCUCCCUGUGGUGGGGGCACUACGGAGGGUCAUCGGAGCUGUGAGGAGGGUCCUGCGGGGGUACCAUGCCAGGGCCGGGACACAGAGCAGCGGCAGGAAUGUAACCUGACGCCCUGCCCUGAGUGCCUACCUGGCCAGGUGCUCAGAGCCUGUGCCACCGCGUGCUCACGCCUCUGCUCGCAUCUGCAGCCUGGUGCCUGUGUGCAGGAACCCUGUCAGCUUGGCUGCGGCUGCCCUGGAGAGCAGCUGCUGCACAGUGGCACGUGUGUGCCCCCCGCUGCAUGCCCCUGCACCCCGACCUCUCUGCCGUGGGGCCUUACCUUGCCCCUUGAAGAGGAGGCCCGGGAGCUUCCCCCAGGGACUGUGCUCAUCUGGAACUGUACCCGCUGUAUCUGCCGAGAUGGAGCCUUCAACUGCUCCCUAGCCGACUGUCACGAGUGCCCCUCCGGGGAAAUGUGGCAGCAGGUGCCCCCUGGGGAGCUGGGGCUGUGCGAGAGGACGUGCCGGGAGCCCAACGCCACGGAGAUUCAGGGCAGCUGCAGUGCGGGGCGGGCCCCGGGCUGUGUGUGCCGGCUCGGGCACUUGCGCAGCCGGGCGGGCCUCUGCGCGCCCGUGGACCACUGCGAGUGCUGGCGCCACGGGCAUCCCCACCCGCCCCGAUCCGAAUGGCAGGAGGACUGUGACAGCUGCCGCUGCCUCCGUGGGAGGAGUGUCUGCACCCAGCGCUGCACCCCCCCCACCUGUGCCCAGGGCGAGGUGACCGUGCAGGAGCCAGGGAGCUGCUGUCCCACUUGCCGCCAAGAGACUCUGGAGGAGCAGUCAGCCUCCUGCCGGCAUUCACUCACUGAGCUGCGCAACCUCACCAAGGGCCCCUGCUACCUGGACCAGGUAGAAGUGAGCUACUGCAGCGGGCACUGUCCACCCAGCACCGGUGUCAUGCCUGAGGAGCCGUACCGGCAGAGCCAGGGCGGCUGCUGCAGCUACAGCCUGGACCCCGAGAGCCCCGUGCGGAUCCUGACCCUGCGCUGUCCCGGCGGCCGCGCGGAGCGGGUGGUGCUGCCCGCCAUCCGCAGCUGCCAGUGCAGCGCCUGCCAGGGAGGUGACUUCUCAAAGCACUGA